AUGAAAUUAACUUGGACGCUUCUGAUUGUGGUAACAAUCGAUCUAAAUUCAAACAUAGCAUUACGAUUUACAAAUAUAAAAUGUAAAUCAUUUCAUCCUGAAUUUUCGACAUUUGAAAAAUGUAAUUUACGAGUAAUUGGUCGUGGUAUAAUUGGUGUAAAUAUUUAUGUGAAAUUAUGGCAGCUGCCGGUGAAUAAUGUAUCUGUAAAUGCCGCCAUAUUCAAAAAAGCCAAUGGUUAUCGACCAUUUCUCUACAAUAUGUCUGCGGAUUUUUGUCAUUAUAUGGCACAUCGCAAGAAAUAUCCACUUUUGUCAAUUUUCCAUGGUCUUCUUCUCAAGGAAUCGAACAUAAAUCAUACAUGUCCGUAUGAUCACGAUAUAAUUGUAAAAGAUUCAGUAUUGGAUGUAAGUAAACUCAAAAAUUUACCAUUACCACGUGGAGAAUACCGUUUCGAUGUGAAGGUAGGAGCGUACAAUGAUUGGAAAGCGGAACUAAAAGCAUAUCUGGAUAUUGGCGAUGAUUUAUGA